UUGCGGGCUGCUGUGCUGUUGCUGUCGUGGCGUGGCUGGUCGCGCCGGGCGGGGGAACUUCACCACACUGGAGCCCGGAGUCCCACUCUCUCACCUGCGCAGUUCGGAGCUGCCAUGGGUCUCUCGCCGGGAUUUACUGUCCUAAUGGUUCUGCCGGCCUUCCUGCUGCACACCAGCGGCCUUUACAUCGCCAGUAGCGUUGACUCCCUGCAGCAUGUCCUGGGGGAGUAUGGACUGGUUAGGCCAAUCAGUGUGGAUGCAGAGGGCCGCUUUCUGUCACACGCCAUCUCAGCCGGCCGCGUGGCAGGAGGGCAGUCCCGUAGGCGCCGGAGGAGGGAGGUAGGAGAAGGCAACAACGGGUGGGAAGGACCCGGAGCCGAGGAGGACCAGGACCACGCCACACGCCAGGAAAGGCUUUACUACAACGUCACCGUCUUCGGCCGGGAGUUCCACCUGCGCCUGCACCAAAACACCAGGCUCGUGGCUCCCGGAGCCAAGAUGGAGUGGCACGACGACGGCGACAGCAUCCGGUACUCGGAGCCCCUGCACGACGAGUGCCUGUAUGUGGGGGACGUGACCGACACGCCAGGGGCCACCGUGGCCAUCAGCAACUGCGACGGCCUGGUAAGCGCACAUCCCCAGUUAUUCCUCCUCCAGCGCUCACAGAGCUCACUAAAGAAGCGUCCGAGGACAGGAUGA